AACGAGGAUAUGGAAAGGGCGUGGGGUGAGCGUGUGCGGGUCUGACAUAUCAGAGCAUCCGGCGUCCGGGAUGUCACAUAACGCUCUUCUCCAUCCGCCACCAUGAUCGAUACGUACCACAGCAGCUCGGGGCCCCAGCCGCCACGCCAACGUGGUCCUCCUCAGACCCCCGUCCUCAAGCCGCCGCCACGCGGCAUGAACAUCUUCAUCGGUGUCACGCUGCUCCACGUCCUCGUCACCGUGGGGGGGUUCGCUUUAGCCUACCAUACGGAAAUGCGGCAGUUAUCUGAAGGAAAGGCUGCUUUUCGCGCAUCAGAGAACCCGCCGAGUUCCUCCAGAACAUUGGCUCGCAUGCUGGUGGACAAACCAUCUGGCUCUGUCCUCAAAAGAUCAGGUUACCUCCGGUGGGACCUAAAGCACUCGGUGAGGAGGAACAUCAACUACUACCACCAGAGCAGCUGGUUGACCAUCCUGCAGCCUGGAGACUACUUGGUGGUCUCCCGGGUGACCUUCUCAAAGGGAGACCCCCAUAGACCCCUGGCCAGCAUGGUCAAGCUGAAGCGGAGCGAGACGGCCGAGGAGACGGUGGCCAUGGAAGCCUACUGCAGCCUGAGCGGGACAGAGGCCGGGUCCGGAUCCGUCCCCCAGAUGUGCACGGCCUCGCAGGAGGAGGUGAUGUCGUUGGAGAUGGGGAACCGGCUCGGCGUGUGGGUGCAGGACCUGUCCCUGGUGGACUACACUGCCACCGCCACCAGCUUUGGGAUGUACAAACUUUGACUUGAACAAAGUGGACUUUCAUCAGCUCCUAAUUUAUUCUUCUGUAUUUACUAUGUCUAGAUUCUUGGAAUGUCUUCGAGGAGGACAACCGAUAGAUUCUUGUCCAUUUAUUCUCUGGAAUGUCUUCUAGGAGGACAACCGAUAGAUUCUUGUCCAUUUAUUCUCUGGAAUGUCUUCUAGGAGGACAACCGAUAGAUUCUUGUCCAUUUAUUCUCUGGAAUGUCUUCUAGGAGGACAACCGAUAGAUUCUUGUCCAUUUAUUCUCUGGAAUGUCUUCUAGGAGGACAACCGAUAGAUUCUUGUCCAUUUAUUCUCUGGAAUGUCUUCUAGAGGACAACCGAUAGAUUCUUGUCCAUUUAUUCUCUGGAAUGUCUUCUAGAGGACAACCGAUAGAUUCUUGUCCAUUUAUUCUCUGGAAUGUCUUCUAGAGGACAACCGAUAGAUUCUUGUCCAUUUAUUCUCUGGAAUGUCUUCUAGGAGGACAACCGAUAGAUUCUUGUCCAUUUAUUCUCUGGAAUGUCUUCUAGGAGGACAACCGAUAGAUUGUACAGGUGGAGAUGCUUGAUGAAGCAACCAAUGGUCCAGCAUAGCGAUAAGCGGCGUAGAAGAUGGAUGGAAGGAUAUUCUACAAUACAUAUUCAUAAUUAGGUGUGCAGCCUAUGAACCUUUUGAUCAAGGAAAAUAUUUUUAAAAUCCACAUUUUAAGCCAUUCCAUUUUUUUUAUGUGUCAUUAUUACAAAACGUAGAUGAAUAUUGUCGCAGCAUAUUUGCAGCAUAUUGUUGAUUUGUUGAAACAUAUUAUCCCAACAAUAUUUUAGAUGAGAGAAGCGGAGUCUUGAGGUGAAAUAAUGAAUUUAAAUUAUUGUGUCUACCUUUGGAAAGCAUGCACCAAGCGAGCGGCACCACUCGCGACCGCUUGCAAAGGUCACGCGCCCACAGGAUGUGUGUGAGCGAGGCGUCUCACAAUGGGUUCAAACAAGCACUUCCUGCUUUGAGUCACACUGCGGGACAAACACUCAUCACGUUCCACGGCAACCUCCCCAUCUCCAGUGACGCUGCUCGUUAGAAGAUGAGUUGUUUUAAUACAAGAAUGAGACGUUAAAGUACAGAGUGCUUUGAAAACAAGCAAGCAAACCAACAAUAAUAAUAAUAAUAAUAAUCAUUGCAUAGAAUUGUUCAAAGAACACACAAAGCCCGCUGCAGUUGAGUGCUCAGUGAGGCUGCAGGGGAUUGACAAAGUAUUACUUUUACAGGAAGUACCUGAACACAUGCUCCCUCGUACCCACGGUUAUUCUUCUUCUCAGCCCCCACCAAUCCUGCUUGGUACAUGGAUGUCUAUUGAUCUAGCUCAGCGUCCGCUGACUGUACUUACUGUACAGCGUAGCAGUGAGGAGGCGGAUGAUUGCAUCCUCGGACUCUAGCCGACAACACGCAUUGGUCCGCGGGCUUCAUGAAACACCUCCUCCUCCAUGGAAGACCUCCAGUGUGCAUCUAUGAAAAGCUACAUUUUCAAGCUCAUGAUUCAUGUUGUCACGUCUGCACCACCCGCAAUCCCAUUUAGGAUUUCCUGCCUUUUUGCACCUCUGGCAGUGUCAGCACAAAUAAAUGGAUAAACAAUAAAUAAAUAAUGGACUCAAAAAUCCAAAAAGCAUUAUGGUACAUAUGUUAUAGUUCUUGAAUAUAGAUGUUUUUCUCGUGUAUGUCUUUAAAAAGAGCAAAUGUUCCCUACUAUACAUGAUAAGCACGUGUUAUUACAAUUGCAUAGCGGCCCUGUUAAAAAGCCCCCACGUGCCAUAACGGUCCAUGUGCCACAGGUUUCCCACCCCUCUUAAGGAACAUUCUUGCUGGCGGGGGAGAAGAGUAUGAAUUGAAAAGCUAAACACUAUGAAAGUUGAUUAUUCUCAUGUCCCGUUACGAGGGUCCUGGCAGCAAAAAGGGUAGAAAUAGUUGCCAUGGUAACAGAACCCAAUAGCUUCUUGCUUUUAAGCU